AUGGCAGUGGACGGCAUCCCUGCCUCAAAGAUCGAGAUGCCGGAGAUGAUUCGCGACUUUCACCAGUACCGCGAGAACAUUACAUCGACAGACGGAGUGAUCCUAUACAAGGACCGUGUAGUCAUACCACCCUCACUCCGCGGUGAGGUGCUGAGCGCCCUACACGCUGCCCACCAGGGCAUAUCGAUGAUGACCGCCCAUGCAGAAUCCUCUGUGUUCUGGCCAGGCAUGUCGGCUGACAUCAGCGCCACUCGGAAAAACUGCGAACACUGCCACCGGAUAGCACCCUCACAGCCUGGAGCGCCGCCAACCCCACCUGUUCUGGUCGUUUACCUCUUUCAGGCAGUGUGCUCGGACUUCUUCGUACACAGAGGCGUACACUACCUCGUGACGGUGGACCGAUACUCGAACUGGCCGAUCAUCUCGAAGUCGACGGGUGGUGCCACUGGCCUCAUAAACUACUUACGUCGCUCCUUUGUGACGUACGGGACGCCAGAAGAGCUCGCAUCGGACGGGGGACCAGAGUUCAUCUCCACCGAGACCAGGUCGUUCCUGCACAGAUGGGGCGUACACCACCGCCUGUCAUCGGUGGCCUUCCCCCACAGCAACUGUCGCGCAGAGAUUGGAGUGAAGACGAUGAAACGACUUAUCACUGACAACACCGGCCCGAAGGGAGAACUUGACACUGACGCUGUGCAGAGAGUGAUACUGCAAUAUCGUAACACACCUGACCCUGACACGAAGAUCUCCCCGGCAAUGUGUCUUCGGCCGCCCGAUACGCGAUUUCAUCCCGAUUAUCCCCGGGAAGUACAUACCGCACGAGACUUGACGCGAGACCCUGAAAGCAAGGGAGGAGGCCCUCCGCAAACGCCACAUCCGCACAGCUGA